GCUGGGAUUUCUCUGUUGCGCAUGUGCGCGCUCUCAGCCUGAUGGGAGUUGUAGUUCCGAAGGUGAAGCUGGGCGUUAGUAUCAGGAAACCAAACUGCAAGCUUUGGGAGUUGUUAGCUGUCCCCGCCCAGCUCCCCGCUACAGAGAACGCCAGAGGGAGGCGGCUGGCCCAGCGUCAGGCUCUCAGAACCUGUACCCGUGAUGCUACUGCUAUGGGUGUCGGUGGUCGCAGCCUGGGCGCUGGGGGCACCGGCCCCUGGAGCAGGAGAGCAGAAGCGUGUAGCAGCCAAAGCCCCCAACGUGGUACUGGUCGUGAGCGACUCCUUUGAUGGAAGGUUAACAUUUCAUCCAGGAAGUCAGGUAGUGAAACUUCCUUUUAUCAACUUUAUGAAGGCACGUGGGACUUCCUUUCUGAAUGCCUACACAAACUCUCCAAUCUGCUGCCCAUCACGCGCAGCAAUGUGGAGUGGUCUCUUCACUCACUUAACAGAAUCUUGGAAUAAUUUUAAGGGUCUAGAUCCAAAUUAUACAACAUGGAUGGAUGUCAUGGAGAGGCAUGGCUACCGAACACAGAAAUUUGGGAAACUAGACUAUACUUCAGGACAUCACUCCCUCAGUAAUCGUGUAGAAGCAUGGACAAGAGAUGUUGCUUUCUUACUCAGACAAGAAGGCAGGCCCAUGGUUAAUCUUAUCUCUAAUAGGACUAAAGUGAGAGUGAUGGAAAAGGAUUGGGAGAAUACAGACAAAGCAAUGAACUGGUUAAGAAAAGAAGCAAUUAAUUAUACUGAACCAUUUGUUCUUUACUUGGGAUUAAAUUUACCACACCCUUACCCUUCACCGUCUUCUGGAGAAAAUUUUGGAUCUUCAACAUUUCACACAUCUCUUUAUUGGCUUGAAAAAGUAAGUUGCUACAUUGUGUGGGCUCAAAGUGAAAUUAUUCUGGCCCUUCAUCAGUUAGAUCUUCUUCAGAAAACUAUUGUCAUAUACUCCUCAGACCAUGGAGAGCUGGCCAUGGAACAUCGGCAGUUUUAUAAAAUGAGCAUGUACGAAGCUAGUGCGCAUAUUCCGCUUUUGAUGAUGGGACCGGGAAUUAAAGCCAACCUGCAAGUAUCAAAUGUGGUUUCUCUUGUGGAUAUUUACCCCACCAUGCUUGAUAUUGCUGGAAUUCCUCUGCCUCAGAACCUGAGUGGAUACUCAUUGUUGCCAUUAUCAUCAGAAACAUUUAAGAAUGAACAUGAAGUCAAAAACCUACAUCCACCCUGGAUUCUGAGUGAAUUCCAUGGGUGUAAUGUGAAUGCUUCCACUUACAUGCUUCGAACUAACCACUGGAAGUAUAUAGCCUACUCGGAUGGCACUUCAGUAUUGCCUCAACUCUUUGAUCUUUCCUCAGAUCCAGAUGAAUUAACAAAUGUUGCUGUAAAAUUUCCAGAAAUUACUUAUUCUUUGGAUCAGAAGCUUCGUUCCAUUAUCAACUACCCUAAAGUUUCUGCUUCUGUCCACCAGUAUAAUAAAGAGCAGUUUAUCAAGUGGAAACAAAGUAUAGGACAGAAUUAUUCAAAUGUUAUAGCAAACCUUAGAUGGCAUCAGGAUUGGCAGAAAGAACCAAAGAAGUAUGAAAGUGCAAUCGACCAGUGGCUUAAAACCGAUAUGAAUCUAAGAGCAGUUUGAACAAAAAGUUUAAAAAUAAUGUUCUGGAGCUACAUAUAAAUAUCAUGAUUAUGAAUUUUAAAUGUAACAAUUUUGGUACCAAUUUUUCAUCACUUUGAAAGCAGGUAGUAUAUUUUAAUAUAAAAUGCCAAUGAUUAUAAAAUUACAUAUUUUCAAAAAUGAUUAUUAUUUAGACCUUUGUAGAGCUUCUAACAAUUUAGUGGAAGUAUCAAAAAGAUUGAAGCAAAUACUGUAAAAGUUAUGUUUCAUUAAAUAAUAGAGAAUAUAAAAUAUUUUAUUAAUAGUAAUACGAAUCAUAAAAUAGUUGUGUGGUGAGCAUCUGAUGGUGCUUGACGAGUUAUUUAUAUUGGAUGGGAUAGUUUGGAUGUAUUUGAUGGAAGUAUUUGGAGUAUUUAACAGGACAUAAACUCUGGACUUACCUGAUUUUAUGACUGUUUUUUAAAAUAGGUAAUAUAUAAGCAGGGUAAAGCUUCAAAUGGUACAAAAGGGUUAACAGUGAGCAUGAAGUCUCUGACCUGUUCCUCUUCCCUGCCAUGCAGCUCCCCCUCCAAGAAGCAAGUACUGAAACCACCUGCUUAUGCAUUAUUUUAGAGAUUGGCCACAAAUUUAUAAAAAAGUGUAUAUAUUCCUUUCCCCCUUCACAAAUGGUAAUAUACUGCACACAUUGUUCUGCACGUUGCUUCUUUUUCCCUUUUUUUUCCACUUAACCAUAGAUACCUAGAGGUGAAAUUACUGAGUCAAGACAAUUUUUAGCAAAAUUACACUAGAUACUACAAACUACCUCUAAAGAAGGUAUACUAACUGGUAAUCUCCCCAUCAAUGCAUGUCUUCUUAUCCUUUGCCAACCUAAUUGAUGAAAAUAUUCUAUUUUUAUUUUUCUUAUGAGUACGGUAGAUCACAUUUUCAUGUAUUUAACAGCCAUUGGAAUCUGCUUUACCACGACCUUUCCUAUUUCUAUUCUUUGCCUAUUUUCUGUUGGUUGUUGGUCUUUCUUUUGUAUUACAGGCAUGCUUUAGGUAUUAGCUCUUUGUAAGAGAUUCUGCAAAUAUUUUCUUUCCAGUUUGUCAUAGUCCUUUGUCUUUUGACUUUGUUCUGGUAUUUUUUGAUAUGUAGAAACUGUAUUUUCAUGUAAACAGAUUUACAAAUCUUUGUACCCCAUAAAUAUAUACAAUUAUGAUUUGUCAUUUAAAAAUAAUAUUAAUAAAAAAUUUGUAAAUCUUUGCUUUGUGGCUUUUGGAAUUUUGUAUCGUAUUUACAGUAGCACUCUCCACUU